AUGAGAUUACCUCGAUACAGAAUCAACAUGAAUCUUCCAGUAAAGCCAAUCGACAGCUGGUCAGAAGCAAUCCGCCGUAGUCUUCUGGUGGAACCGACCUUCGAAUCUCUUCAUCCAACAUUUCCACUCGAAAUGGAAACUUCUUUGAUGACUGAAUCCGAGGAGCAGCAGCAUCGUCGUGAUGAGAUGAUCCGCAUGUAUGAGGCAAUGAAAGAGGCCCUCGCCAUAAUCGGAGAAGUCUCUAUGAGCACUGUCUCAACACCCACGCCUCCUCCGAUCAAUGACGACUGGAUUACCCCCUCUGUGAGUUCUUCCCUAGACUCCUUGCUGGCCAUGCUUUAA